AAGUAGCCUGGAGACAGGACAGCAGCAGGGCCAGAGGGACAGGCACGAAGGACGGCGGUCCCCACCUGUGAAGAUGCCCAUCCUGAAGAGUCUAGGGGUGGCAGACCCUAAGGUGCCCCGUGCGGGGACCCUGCCCCAGAGGUCCUCUCAGAACCCCUUUGAAGAAGUUUCUGGGCUGGAAGAAGAAGAGGCGGGGGAGCUGGGGACGCUGCCCAAUGGAACAUCUUGCCGUCGCCGCACCACCCUGGAGAAGCUGGCAGGCCUGGCCCCCUUCCAGCUGGGCUGGGCCCCGGGCAGGCGGGCAGGCAGCCCUGGGGAUGGGCAGCCCCGCUCUUUCCUGGGCCGUGUGCUGCCACCGGGGUUACGCAGGAGCUCGGCAGACUUUGGCCUCCUGGCCCGGCUUCAGGGGACCCGAGCCCAAGGUGACGAGGAGACAGCCGGGGAGGCGGCCCGGAGACUGGCCUUCCUGAGGCUGGGGCGCGGGCCCAAGCCCCGGCGUGCAUCCCUGGCGGAAAGAGUGGUGCCUGCGGGCGAGGCAGCUCCUGAACCCCCGCCCAAGGUCCCGGAGCCCCCAAAGAUGAAGGAGCCGUUGUCGGGUGAGUCGGAGGCCCUGCCUGACCUGGACCUGGGAGAAUCACGGCGCCUGUUUCCAUCCCCACUGGAGGCGCUGCGGGCGCGGCUGCUGGAGGACAUGGCCGUGGUGCGGGGCCGCCUGGCGCCCGCCUACCCCGCCGGCCUGGGAGCCUUUGGCGUCUACCUGCGCGGCUACCACGGCGCGCUGGCCGAGUGGCUGGGGACCUCCGCCCGCCGCAGGCUGCCGCUGGCCGACCGCUACGCGCUGCUGCACUGGCACAACCAGGUGUACCCCAGAAUCUCGGUGCUGCCCACUCUUGCCGCCGGGCACCUUAGCACCGUGGACGCUUCCAGUCCUAGAGCCUCGGCGCUGUUCUGGUCCAAGAACUUUAGCACCGUGAACACUUAA